UGAAACCCAUCUGAAAAAGCCUGGAAACAACUCCGACUUAGGAAUUACUUAUUGGGAUUCGUUCUCUCCCAACAAAGAUCUCUAUGUGUUUCUCUCUCUCUCUCUUUUUCUUUCUAAUACCCCCUUUUUUUUAUUUUUUUAUGGUUCUCUAAUUUCUUUUUUAUUUUUCUGUGUUUUGGGUCUUGUUUGCUGCUGUUUAAGGAACUAAGGAUUUAUCAUGUUAUGUAAAUAUAUAUAAAAUUUGUGUUUGUGUUUUGUGUCUGAGAGAGAGAGAAGUUGUAUUUUUUUUUUUUUUUUGGGGCGUUUAAAAGAAAAAUGAUUAAAGAAAACUGAGAGCAAGUCAUGUGGCGGCUUGUAGUUAGUGUACCAGGCAAAGGACGAACAUUACUUUCUGCUGUUCCUGGUGUGUCCAUCAGUUAGUACUUUUGCAAAGAAUGAGGGAUAGAGAGAAAAGUAAAAAAGUUUGGUUCUUCUACUAAUUGUUUUUUUUAAUUGUGUAAUUAAUUAAAAAUAUAUAUAUACACUAGUUUUCUUUUACUUUCAUAAUCAUAAUAAUAAUAAAUAAUAAAAUAAUUUAUUAUUUAUUAUUAUUAUUGGGGUAUGAAAUAAUUGAGGGGUUGGGUUUUAUUAGAAUUUCCUUCUAGGAAGUCUAUUUUGGAUGUAUUUAUAUCAUGGUUCAUUGACCCACUUGAGAGAAGAAGAAAAGAAAGAGAGAGAGAGAGAGAGAGAGAGAGAGAGAGAGAGAGAGGAGGCAAAUAUAAGAAAAGAAAUGAUGAACAUGGUUAGGAGGUCAUCAUCAAGCCCCUAUCUGAUCUUCUAUUUCUGAGGAGAUAUAUCUGAUCUUUCUACCGAGGUUGGGCUUUCCAUGGCAUACCAUGUUGGCUUAUUAACAGAACAAGUCUGAGAAAAAUACACAAAACCCCCCACCCCCACAACCCACGCUUCUCUCUCUUCCCCCCACCACCACCACCAUCGCCACCAUAGCCAAAAAAGCCUUCCACUUAUUCCAAAACCAAACCCAAGCCCUCUCCCAAAAAAUCCUUCCCUCUUAUUAUCUCUGUUUUCGAAAGUAGAUCCUGAUGAAGGAAUUUCAGUUUGAAGAAGCAGCAGACUUUUUCAGUUAGAACCCAAGGAAAAAAAAAAAAGCUCUCUUUCUCUCUGUUUGUAUAUAUAUAUAUAUAUAUAUAUAUAUAUACAUAUAUGAUGGCUGCUAGAGAAGUGUGUGAAGAAAAAUCUGGUUUCUGCUACUCAGAUGUGUCAUCAAGCAAUCCAAAUAUUCAUGAAACCCAGUUCACGAAUCAGAUCCAAGGAUUUGUCUCAUCAAACCCAGAGAUGUUCAACUUGACAACGGGGAUGGAGAUGAUAGGGUUUUCAAAGAAUCUUCAACAACAACAGAGUAGCACUACAACUAGUGACAACAACAACAAUACUAAUAAUAAUAAUAACAAUAAUACAGCAGCUGCAGCAGCUAUAUGGAAAGGUUUCUUUGCCAAUAAGUCUGGGAAUACCACAGUGGGUCCCUCAUCUUCCAAAAGUGAUUUCUAUCACCACCAGUUCAACAUUAAACAACAACAACAUCAUGAUUUCACAGCAACUGGGAUUUCUGAAACUACAACUAGUGAUCAGAAUCUGAUGGAGACUAGUGCGGGAGCUGCUGCUACUUGGGAACAACAGAAUAGGUUCUUGGUUGAUGAUGAUUCUUCUUUGAGAUGCGUUUUCCCUUGUGAAGGAAAUGAGAGACCAAGUCAAGGUCUUUCACUCUCUCUUAGCUCUACUGAUCCUUCCACUAUUGGAUUACAGUCUUUUGAACUCAGACACACUGCUGCUGCUACUACUUCCAAUAAUCAUCAUCAUCAUAAUCAAGAUGUUUUCUUCGCAAAAUCAUCAUCCCCAAAUCUUCACCAGAUUCAAGCUUCAAACCACCAUCAUCAUUUUCAACAACAAUUACAUGGUGGUAGUGUUCAUCCUCAUCCUCAUCAUAAUCAUUUUCAUCUGAGGAAUUCUAAGUAUUUGGUUCCUGCUCAGGAGCUUCUGAACGAGUUCUGCAGUCUUGGGAUUAAACAGACCGAUCUGAUGCAGAAGCAGAAGCAACAGAUCAAGAACAAACAGUGGGAAGAGGAUAAUGAUAAUGGUAAUAAUAAUGGUGGUGGUAGCUCUUCAAGAAAGCAAUCUCUUUAUUCCGUGGAAUUCAUGGAACUCCAGAAGAGAAAAACCAAGCUACUUUCAAUGCUUGAAGAGGUGGAAAGAAGAUACAAGCACUACUGCGAUCAAAUGAAAGCAGUAGUGUCAUCGUUUGAAGCAGUGGCAGGCAGUGGGGCAGCAACAGUGUAUUCGGCUUUGGCAUCGAAAGCCAUGUCGAGGCAUUUCAGGUGUUUGAAAGAUGGGAUUGUGAAUCAGAUUCAGGCUACAAGGAAAGCCAUGGGAGAGAAAGAUCCUGUUGCUCCUGGAACCACCAGAGGCGAAACUCCGAGGCUUCGUGUUCUUGAUCAAACACUUAGACAGCAUAGAGCUUUUCAGCAGAUGAGCAUGAUGGAGAGCCAUCCAUGGAGACCCCAACGUGGUCUCCCUGAGAGAUCUGUUUCGGUUCUUCGUUCUUGGCUUUUUGAACAUUUUCUACACCCGUAUCCAAGCGAUGUUGAUAAACAUAUCUUAGCUCGUCAAACAGGCCUCUCGAGAAGCCAGGUGUCCAAUUGGUUCAUCAACGCUAGGGUGAGACUAUGGAAACCCAUGAUUGAAGAAAUGUACACGGAAGAAACAAAAGAACAUGACAUUUCCAACAACAACAACAUGGCAAUUUCCUCUGACGGCUUUACUAUGGAUCUCGGUGAUAACGGCCGGCACAAUCAUCGAAACAACCCGCCUUCGACUUCUACUCGUCCCGAAGAUCAAAAACCAACUCCGGAUCAACUUGUCCGAAUAGACUCCGAAUGUUUAUCAUCCAUCAUCACCAACACAGACAAGAAUGACUCAGCAAGAAGCUCCAAGACUUUCCAAAACCACCACAUCCAGAACUUUGGCCGGGUUUCUGAUUCAUUCGGGACCAUGGAGUUGGAUUUUUCAUCGUAUAACCAUCAUUCCAAUGGCGGGACUCUUUCUUUUGGUAAUGAAAAUCCGAACCACAGCUUCAAUGGUGGUGUUGGUGGUGGUGGUGGUGGUGGUGGUGGUGGUGGUGGUGUGUCAUUGACAUUAGGGUUGCAGCAACAUGGCGGUAGUGGAGUGAGCUUAGCAUUCUCUCCUGCUUCACAGAGUUCUCUAUUUUACCCUAGAGAUCAUAUUGAUGAAUGCCAACCGGUUCAGUACUCUUUAUUAGAUGGUGAAGCUCAGAAUUUGCCUUAUAGGAAUUUAAUGGGUGCUCAGUUGCUUCAUGAUUUGGCAGGGUAAUUAAGAAGAUCAUAUUUGAGAAAACUAAUGGUUGCUCUCUCAAAGCCACACACAUAUUGGAGUUUCAACAGGUUUUGUUAUUGGCUCUCUGGAAUUCUUUUCAAAAGGAUAUGGUGAAAGUGGUGAUCGAUAUUUCGGUAUUAGAUAAGGGGUUUUAGGUAUAGAUUUGAUAUAUAUAUAGUAUCAUACAAACAUAAAGCUAUACUGGGUUAGAUAUGAUCAUUAACAUGAUCGCUUUUCAUAUAUGGAUGGGAGAUUUAUGAUAAUUUCUUUUUUUUUUUUUUUUUUUGGUGAUUGUAAGAACAUAUUUCGGGCUAAUUUAAAAUAGCCAGUGAUUCGUGCAAAGAUUAUACAGAUAUUAUUUUGCUUC